AUGAGCCAGUUCUGGGCUUUCACUGCCCUUGCCCUGUCCUUUUGGUCGGUCGCUUUCUUCCUCCGACGAUAUCUCCGUCUUCGCCACGUUCCAGGCCCUUUCCUUGCAGCCUUGACGGACUUCUGGUUCGUCUAUAGAUUCUGGACAGGAACGAACUUUGCUCAGCUCACCACAGAGCUCCACGACAAGUAUGGGCCGGUUGUCAGGUUAGGUCCGAACCGCAUAAUCUUCAGCAAACCGUCAGCCGUUCCUGUCAUAUACAGGACAACUGAUGUCAUGCCAAAGUCCUCAUUCUAUCUGCCACUUCGAGUGAUGAUCCGGGGUCGUGAAAUCACUUCUUUUGUCAGCAUUCUGGACGAAAAACGAAUGAGUGCCGUCAAGCGUCUCCUGUUGGGCAAUUUCACAAUGACCUCCUUUCUGCGACAGGAGGCGGAGCUCGACCAUACAAUCUCCUCGUUGGUGAGUUAUCUCGACAAAACCAAGAACGACAUCGCCAUCGGCACCACAAUGGGGUACUGGGCUUUUGACAGCAUCUCGCGCAUUGCCUUGACAGAAGACCAAGCCUUUUUGAGUCACCAGCAGGACUUUGGAAACACCAUUGGAGGCGCGGCCGACCGCAUCACUCAUUGGCAUUUCUGGGCAGCCAUACCGACAUUGGAGCGGUGGCUGUUCAAGAAUCCCAUCAUGCAAAGAUUGGAAACGUCGUCGAUGCUGGGUGCGCUGGCGGCCCAGAGGUUGCAGAAGCGACUGCGCGACGAGAAACAGCUGGAAAAUCAAGUCGACCUCCUAGGAAAAUACCUGGCAGCCAGCAGAAGAGCACCGGAGUUGGUCAAAACGAAUGACGUGGUAGGUUUCCUGGUGUCGACCAUGCAUGCCGGCAGCGAGACUACUGGGCAGACGACGGCAGCCAUCCUCGUCACUCUGUUGCAGCACCCCGAGAAAAUGGCCAAGUUGGAGGCAGAAAUCCUCUCGGCGGCGCUGAGUGAUGUGCCACAGUUUUCCGAGGUGCAGAGCCUCCCUUACCUAGAUAGCGUGAUUCGUGAGUCUCUCAGGGUAAACCGAGCCAGGACGACCAUGCUGGAACGAACCGUUCCGAACCCCGGCGCGACCAUCGACGGCGUCUGGAUCCCUGGUGGCACUAAUGUGUCAGUCAGCACGGCCGUCCUGAACAGAGAUACUGAGAUAUACGGGCCUGAUCCUGAGCAAUAUCUACCGGAACGGUGGAUCGGGAUCAGCGACGAGGAACUCAGGCGAAGGGACCACGCAGAUCUCAGCUUCAGCGCGGGGCGGCGGAUCUGCAUAGGGCGCAAUUUGGCAAUGAUUGAGAUGAAGAAGGUCAUCGCGCGGCUCAUCAAGACUUUCGAGGUGAGUCACAAUUCUUCCAGAAGAUAUGUCUGCGCAGAGCAUGUGCUGAACAAGAUGCGAGUUUACACCCACCAAUCCUCAUGA